AUGGCUGAGUUUGGCGAUUUUAUAAGAGCUCUGGGGGAAUUUGGACUAUAUCAGAAACUGCUGGUACUGUUCCUCUCCCUCCCACUACUUCUUAAUCCUUUCCAAAUGAUUGGCCAAGUGUUCAUGGUUGUGGAUGUGCCUCACCACUGUGACACCAGCUGGAUCCUUGCUAUCGGCCCGAACCUGACGGAGGAAGAGCAGCUGAACCUCACACUGCCCCGAGAUGUGGACGGGGCCUAUGAGCAGUGCUACAUGUACUCACCAGUGGACUGGGAUCUUGGCUCCAUUGUGGCGUAUGGCCUGAACGCUACAGAGAAAUGCAGCAAUGGCUGGGUGUACUCUUCAGCACAACCACCGUCCCUGCUGACUGAGUUUGACCUGGUGUGUGACAGGAAGGACCUGAAUGACAUCUCCCAGUCCAUCUACAUGGUGGGCCUUCUCCUAGGAGCUAUGAUCUUUGGGCCACUAAGUGACAGAGUAGGCCGUCGGCCAAUCUUUCUGAUCUCCAUCCUCCUCCAAGGUUUGUUUGGUGUAGGAGUUGCCUUUGUGCCCCAUUUCUAUGUGUACAUGGCCUUCAGAUGUGUUGUGGGGGCUUCCGUGUCAGGAAUUCUGAUUACUGCCUUGGCCUUGGCUACAGAAUGGGUUGGUACCUCCUCCCGGCCAAAGGCAGUGCUUAUUUCUCACUGCUUUGUUGCCAUCGGACAGAUGAUUUUGGCUGGCUUGAGUUAUGGUAUUCGCAACUGGAGGCUGCUGGAGAUUGCAGGAUCUGCUCCAGUGUUUGUGCUUUUCUUCUACAUCUGGUCUGUGAAAAUACCCACAGCAGCUCUGAAAAUGGACACGUGA